UGUUUUUGCUAACUGCUUAUUAACGACGACUGCCGUUUGCAAUGUAAGCAGGCACGUCCGAAGACGCGCAGGUGAUUUACCCACACACGAGCCCAAGGCUGGCAUUGCAUAUUCAAUGCAUGCUCUAGACAUUGGCGUCCCAUCGCUUUUGCAUCAAAAAUAGCUUCCCAAGACAUGCCGUACGCAAGUUUACGCAGAUCUCCGGCCGCUGCGGCCGUGCCGCGGUAAAAUUAAUAACCUUGUGUUGUGAAUAUCGAUAUAAAUUUGUGCCGUGCCUGUGAAUCCAUUUAGGAAGAAUCCCUUUAUUUAUUUAUAAUAUCGGGGGCGCUCGCGCUGUCAACGAACCAGCCCGAUCUUCCAUCUUUGGCGGCGGAAGUGGCGGCGGAUGUCCCGGCAAUGGAUAACCCGUCAUAUUUUGCGCUUCCCAACGCCGAUGUUCUGGACAGCGCAGAAUCAAAUCAAACUACCGCGGAGCCAUGCUCCCGCUCGGCACCGGGCCGCGUCUGGGCAGAUGCCAGAUCUCUGGGCUCUCCGCGACGAAGGGAGCCAGAGAGCCCCCGAAGAAGGGAAUUCCGAGCACUAUUGCGGUCUUUGUCGGCCAAGGAGCCGGAGCAGGCAGAGGCAUUUCUGCGAGGGCAGCCCAGACCGGGGGAUGUCGCGCCGGGCGACAUGAGGCACAGUUCCACAGCACCACGGAUAAAAAAAGGAAAAAUCAGCACGACCGUGGUUACACCUGAUGGCCCUCAGGAGCGCGAAGAGGUGUUUUACACCAUCCCCCUUCAGGGACGUAGAAGGCACUCCGUGGGGGGUUACUUGGCGGCGGGCGCGUCGGGCGCCGGAGAAGUUACUUCAGUACCCAGCGAAGUUCCUAAAAUGCCACCGCCGCGGUUCGGACCAAAAGAAGAAGAAGUCAAACGUAGAAGACCUAAGAACUUUCCCUUUAAAGAGAUGGAAGACAUUGCGAUCCUGUGGAGUUCGGGCUCGCCUGAGAGCGCCCUCUGGUCAGACUACCUAGUAGCAAGCUUCGACAAGAUCAUGUCACAAAGGGCCCGCCAUCACUACAGAGUGACGCCUAUAACUGUGGAGGAACUAAUGGCCAGCGACUCACAAGAGAAAAUAGAGAAGCUUUCAAAAUCCCAGCUUCAGAUAGUUAUCCUGUGCCCGAACCUCGCCACCAAGAUGUCGGACCUGAGGGCUGAGAGCAACAUGGAGGCGAUGUUCAAAGUCGACAAGGUGCUAGUAAUGCUGCUAGGUGUCGAAAAGAAUCAAGUUAUUGCGAAUAACUGUGAAGACUACCCGACGAUAGAGCAGUGGCAGAUGAUGUCGGUGCGCGAGAAGGACACGUCGUUCGUGGACACGUUCCUCACGGCCGCGGUGGGCAUCCUGCGCACCAAGGACUGCAAGGACACCGCCACCGACCGCACCAGCUUCUCUAUCGUGCCGAAGAAAGUCAAAAUUGGACAUAGUCGAGUCAUAGCACUACUCAACGAUCCAAUCAGAGAAGAGGACAGUAUCAAGAUAAUCGUAGACAAGAAAGGGGAAGCCAUCCACAUACCGACGUUUAAGAAGCGGAAUCCUUAUACGCUACAAUUUGAUAUUCCAGAAUCGUGCCUGGAUGUAUCUAUGCUCGUAUGGGUUAGAGUCAGCAAAAACGGCCAGCCGUUGGGAAGGAGGCAAAUCAAAUGCGAAAGUCGACUUAGAGAGUUAGACCAGUUACUGAGGGCGUCAGAUCAUCCAUUGGAAUUUAUGUGCCAGACUUUAGGUUUUAAAACAACGAGUAAAGAGCAACUCGACAGUUGGAUGCUCAGCGCAUUCCAGAAGAACAUUCCUCCACACUUCAACUUGCUCGUUUCUAAUGAGCAGUUUAACCCAAAGGCUGAUGUAUCAAGCGGCGAAGAAUACCCCACCCUACUGCACUGGGCGGCGCGCUUCGGGCUGGAGCGGCUGUGCUGGCAGCUGCUGGAGUGCCCGGGCGGCGGCGCGGCCGUGGCGCUGCGCAACGUGCGCCAGCGCACGCCCGCCGACCUGGCGCGCGACUACCACCACACCAGGCUAGCCGAAGUGCUGGCUGACCAUAUGAAAAUAAACGAGUUCUCCAAUAUGUAUUACUAUUUGAAAAAUAUGACUGAAAGCGACAAAGACGAAGACCAAAAAGAAAUUAAACACGAUGAAGAGUUACGAAUUGUAGAAACAUGCGACACUGUCGACUCUCCCACGAGCCUCGAAGCGAAAGCUGUGGAAGAGCCAGCCACCGACCCCUUCAGCGAGGCAUGCACUCAAACCCUGGAGGACAAUUUAGACAAAAUUAACGAAAGCAAAAAGAAACGACCCGUCCUGAAAAUACCAAAGAUGAAAGAGCAACUUUACCAAAACGACAUACCCUUCCACGAUGACACCGCCGGCAGGAUCCAGCAGGCGAUAGAGCACGACUACCUCGUUCAGCCGUCCAACAUCAAAGUGGAGAGCCCCAAAUUCAGACCUAACAACUUGUAUGCCAACAGCUCCCGGCUCAUGCCUCAGCAGUCCGACGUUUUCCUUUACUCACCCACCGAAGAAUCCAAAAACUUUAACAUAGAAACACCCACCAGUGACAUAAGCCAAAUAAAUUUGAAUGCCAAAGAUAGGUGUAGCGCUAAAUCAGGGAAAGAAAUGUUCCCGUUAAAUGGACAAGACGAGUUAGCGGAAAUUAUAAACGAUUUCAAGAACAAUGUAUUCUCUAUUUCUGAAGUCGAAAAACUGGUUAUGGAAUGGAAGAACCGGAAUGAGACGCAGCAAUCCUUAAAAGAGAAACAGGAGCAGCUCAACAAAAUGCGUGAGGAGUACGACAAGAUCCAACAAAGAAUUAAGGACAAUUUGAAAAGGCCAACCCCGUUCGAGAGGGUAAAGAAAAUUUUCUCCAAAGGCAAAAAACAUCACGACCAAAAUGGAUCCGUUGAAAAAAGGAAAGGAAGUACGCGCCCUAAUAGCAGCUUAAGCGACAGUUCAUCAUCAUCUGGGCGCCUGAGCACCGUCAGCGGAGGUAGCGUAGCGGAGACCAACAGUGUUCAGUCAGAACAAGAUGACAAAGCGAGGUCUAUUAUUUCGUCCAGUACCCUGACGAUGCACUCGGCGAGCGAGCACGACAGCCGCCUCGACGACUACCUGAUCCCGCCGCCGCCGCGCCCCCUCAACGGCUGCCCGCAGUUCACCACAUUCGGCCACCCUAAACACGAUCAGACAAGAGGUCACAUGGCCACAAUAGUGGAGCGCGAAACGUCAGCGUCCCGGGAGCGCUUGGACUGCGACUCGGACACCAGCAGCACGCACCUCCGCAUGAACUUCCCGCGCGACCGCCCCGCCCCCGCCGGCCGCUGCGACGACCGCGACGGCGCGCACAUGUACAUGAACAUAUCCGCCACGCACACCUAGCAUGGCGGAUGACACGAGCCUGUUGUGUCGUGGAGGGUACCUCGCCCCUUAGCCGCCCAAAACAGACCAACCCAUUGAGCCCACGCGAUGCUGCUGGACAUACUUUGUACUGACGCUCCGCUUUAAGAAUACCAAAUUGUUUUUUUAUAGUUUCCAUAGCACGAGUAAUAAUGACGGGCAAAGUUGAAGGCACGAGACCUCAGGGCCCUCCUCCUACUAGAUGGUGUGCUCAAAUUACGGCACCUAUGCAAUUAAAACUGCACGAGGCCAUGCGCAUGGCGGGGAACAGAACCCUAUUUAGGAACCUGGUCUUCAGCAGAAGGAUAUGAUGUCACGAUCCUCAGUAUUGAGGGACCGACUGAAGAAGAAGCACGACAUAGAGGCUUUGCGCCACAUUGUUACAAAUCUAAUUGUUUUCUGUACAGCAAGAUGGUUGAUUCACACGUCCACCUUGUAGAUACGAUUGUGAUCAUUACAGUCGUUGGUAUGUAGCUCCCAUACAAUCGUUUUUGGUCGUCGUUAUGUAACGCGUGUCGACACCUUUCUUUUCAACUAACUCUUUACUAAAUAUGCAUAUUGCAUUUACAAAAAUACAUACUAGCUCACAUAAAUAAGCUAAAUACAUACAUACACAAAUAAACAAAUAAAUAUUGUGUAGUUACAUUCCAAGUAUUACGACAACCAACCAGAAUACAUACAUAUUAUCUUCGGUUUGCCUUCUAAAAUAUAGAUUAAUGGGUACUGAGUUGUCGAAAUCAGUUGAAAUUCACUGCAAUCAGAACGCAUAGACUUCAUUAUUUAUGAUCGCACCUACAUUGAACUCGAAAGAAAUAGAGUUGGGUCGCCCACAUAAUUCGAUUUCUAAAAACUUGCCUAUUUUGUGUAAAUCAAACAGAAAAUAUAUGUUUUGUUACAGUAGGUAUAUUUGACUCCCUGCCGCUCUAAGAUCACGUGAAAAGGUACUUGUAUUGUAAAAACUUAAGACUCAAAUGAGAAGUAGGUAACUGUUUCUAAUUGCAAUGUGCUCUACUAAAUAUAUUGCUCAUUUUGUUGUUGUUGGGCAAAUAUGACACUUUCAACGAAUUUUGAAGACUGAAAAGUUAACGUAAUUUUAUGUAAAUAUUGUGUAAAUAAAAUAUACCUACUGUUUGAAUUAGAUUUAUAGUUUUCUAUUUAUUAUCUAAAGUAAUGCAUUCGUGUUUAAUAUUAUUAUUAUAUGUAGUACAAAAUAUAUUCUUUAGUGUAAAGUUCGUACAACAUUCGUACAAAUUACAUAUGCAGCAUCAAUAGAAUUAAGAACUACGAGGGAUAGUGACAAUAUUCUUGUAAAACAUGUUUUUUCUAUACUAAUCGUAAUCUAUUGUUGCUACAAAUGCUUAGAAAAUGGGAAUCUCAAUAGAAACGAAGGUUUUUUAUACGUAAUUUUGUAUUAAUGUGACCGAAAUCGCAUUUAUUUUUCCUAUAUAAUAUAAUCUUUGAAAUAUAAAGUAAAAAUAAGAUAAA